CCUAGAUCUUUCAAAGGGCAAAACUUAGUGGCACACUGCCUGAACAUAAAGAGAGAGUAAGGUUCUAAAUUUUCUUUGAGAUCUGAAGUUUAGUUGCCAUCAAAGUUUUUAUUUACAAAAACAAAAUUCAGCUGAGAAAUAAAGGUAAGUGAUGAAUGUUCUAUUUUUAAUAUUCAUUGAGAUAAUUAAUCUGUUAUAAUCUUUGAAACAGUUAACGGCUACAAUUUAUUUAAAUAUAUUAUUGAUUCAUUGUAUGAUUCUGAAAUAAUAAGAUGACAAAACUCUCAACGUUUGCCCGUAAAUGGUUGGUUGGAAUUCGUCCAUGGUAGCACUUAGGCAUUUGGUUAUUAAAGUCAUCCACACAAUGUCAUCAAAUCUUGUUAUACAAAAAUGGCAUCAAAGCAUGUCAUUAAACCAUGUCAUCAAACCAUGUAAUCAAAGUAAGAUUUAGAUUGAUAGAAUGACGGGAAGUGGGUCAAUUAGCUGUUAGUUUUAUUUUGCCUUAUACGCAGAAAAACUCCAAACAAAUCUUUAAAAAUUAAUACAUCAUGUCACUAUUUUGAGCAGCGUAGCAGAAUUGUAUUUUUUUAUAAUAAAUAUGCGAAACACCAAUAACUGACAUAUUUUGAUAGAAAUUCAAUUAUUAUGAGCUCAUUUACAUUAUACCUGGGGCUCAUUGCAGUUAAUGUUGGUAUGGCACCUCACACAGUUGUGCCCAUAAGGGGAGAAAGGUUGGUUUAUUUCUACUUACUGUCUUACUUCCUUUACAGAACUAGCUGUUUGCGUCUUAGGUACGGAUCAUUAUUGUAUAUUAUAACAUACGUAUUAUACCUAUACCUAUUUUAUACUUAUUUUGAACAAUACAUGACCGAAUACCAGUCUUAAAUGUCCCUCCGAACCAGAUAUACCGGGCACAGUGAACUUCAUACACCGGGCACAGUGAACUUCAUACACCGGGCUAAGUGAACUUCAUACACCGGGCACAGUGAACUUCAGACUGAAACUGAAACAUAACCCUACAUUUCGAUAGUGUAUUGAGAUGUCAACGUAAUUAUAAUGUCAGAAGAGCCUGUGCAGAGAAAGAACUGAUAUGAAGUUUUCCGUUCUUGUGAUUCCUUGAACUAUUAACCGCUCAUGCCUCAUUACGUUUCCCUUGCACCUCUUGUCAACGUUCCUACCUGUACUUUACUUCAUAUAAACAAUCCUGAAAAUAUUGCUGAACAGCAUUCUGUCCUUGACACUUGUGUAAAUAUCUCUUAGUGAUUUUCUGCACCUGUUCUGUGGAAAGCUAGAGUCUUUAUUCCACAACUACUCAAGAUUUAAAUGACAGUUCUUUAGGUGCAGAUAUAAAUGUGACUACAAGAGGAACACAAUACCAUGUAUUGUCCAACGAUUGGAAAAGAUACUUUUUUUAAAAACAUCACAGGGAAUCGUUAAAUAAUUCAUUAAAAGAAUCCUGAUAUUAUUAAUGGAGUAGAGGUUAAAAUUAUAACAGGGUAGAGCAUGACGUAAACAUAUUGGCUUGAUCAGGACUACAGUAAUGACACACACACACAUAUAUAUACGUAUAUAUUUAUAUAUAACCUUUGCUCGUCUAGGCUCUACUUUUAUUCCGUAUUUCGUGGUUUGGAUGAUAACGCUCACUUUCAAAUGUCACACGUACUGCAACAAUCAUGUAACAACAGGUCGAUGGUUAGCCUUUUAUAUUAAUUUAUCUGUUACUGUGCUUCACAUUCACUCGUCUGGUACUCAGCCCUGUCUGCAAGGCUGCCUGCCUCUGCUGUCAAAGUCGCGUCCUCAACUCUACUGUCACUGAUAUUCUAUACUACUCUUAGCACAUAAAUACUUUUAAAAUUUAAUUCUGUAUUUUUGCUGUUUGUUCAAUGAGAAAGGCUUCCUGCCGACACUUUCGUUACUUUUUUGCGUUGCAUUGUUUUACUCAUUUUCUCUUCGACUGGAAUCUCUCCGAUUCUCCUUUACUCCUGUCCAGCUGGCUUCUCCUCCCUGUUAUCCUCUUUCCUCUAAGACUGAGUUCACCCUUUGCCACGUCUAACGGUCCCUUUUUAUAAGUCCCGAAUAGAUCAUGUCGUCUCAAGAGAUUCCUUCCCAGGUUUAUCAAUUUCUAAAUCUUGCCCCCCCCCCUUUUUUUACUCUAUAUUUCUCAUUGUGUAGACACCUGAAAUUUGUCUUCCAACGCCAUGAUUUAAAAACACUGUCACCAUCACAGUUGUACUAUCUUCGUCCUGGCGCAAUCUGACAGCCUACGACAGGUAGUCAGUCUUCGUAAUAUGGGAUUUCUCCCAACUAUGCCCUAACCCGGUCUUGACUCUUCACUAUAUACUGAACGAAAUAUUGAAGGCAAGUGGUUUCACGCUCAAAGUGAAAAUAAGAAUGUAUCUGACGAUAUGGUAUCAACGAAAAUGUCCGUCUACCUGCUAUUAAAAAAAUUCUCGACACUCUUCACAGCCUCCUGACCAAAAAAAAUCACCACUUUUGAGCAAUUUUUGACAAAUAUAAGAAAAUAUAAUGUAUGCUCUAGAUGAAAUCAAUCAGAGCUAAGGACAUCUAAACAACAUCUAAAAUUUGACAAAAAUACUUUGUUGGCAAAAAUUGAAAAAAGGCUUAAUCGAAUUAAACUCUUUCCUGUUGUUAACUCUGGUUCGUAUGACUAAACUCUUUCCUGUUCUAAAACCCUAGUUAGAAGUCAACUUAAAAUUAUGAAUUAUCUCAAUCCACAAAUGAUACAUUUAAAAACAGUAAUAAUAAGGUUUUGAAAAGUAUGGAGUUAAAGGUUAAUGGAGGCAGAUACUUGUGGUUGAACAUACAGGUCGAGAUAAUGCCACACAAUGACUGAGGUCACAUUGGUCAUUUUAGGUCAGGGGUUUAAAAAGUGUGAUAUGAUUUUUCACAGCAUCGACACUAUGUUGAAUCGGGUCAGCGAAACUCAUCGUGUUCACUAUGCCCUCUAGUAUCCACUUAUGUUCUGAUGUUGACAUGAUCGCUAACCACGAUCAAAAUUUCAAAGCCACUCUUAAGAAAACUGUUUCUGCUUCAGACUAUUAAUUUCACUGAAUCAUUGAAAGACAAGUAAAACGAAAAUUACAUCCUGCUAUAAUUUUAAUUUCCUUAAACAUCGUAGAGAAGUAUAGGUAAUCCGCUAGCCUAUAUAAUAUACAGCCUGGUAUUCUUGGAGCUUUUUAAUGUUUUAAAGUUUGGAGAGUUUGUCAUUUUUUAGAGAAGGCGCCACCACUUUCUCCUGUUACACACCGCCAUAAGGUUUUAAACAAUUUAAUCUGUUUUAAGAUUUGGAUUGUUAGAAGAAGAAUAUAUAACAAUGGACCUUAACAAUGGACCGUAACGAUGGACCGUAACGAUGGACUGCAUCAAUGAACUGUGCCAAGGGACUGCACUUUGUUUACUAAGGACAGGUUACUAAUGCUAGGAAAGUUGACUUUAUCAGUUUAUUUACAUUAUCAAUUUAGAUGUGAUGAAUGCAAAAUCAAAUUUGUAGAACAUAGACCCAAAAGAGUAGAAAAAGAGAAAAUAAGUAUAUCAACUUCAAACCCUUGAAAAUGUGUAGUAAUACAAAAUUGGAAAUAUAAAAUUCACGCACACAGUGUAAGCAUAAAUGAAAACAAGUAAUGGAGAGUAAAAAAAAUAUAUCCACACACACAAGUUUAAAUAUCUCUGACUACAUCUCGCUCAUGUUUGUCUUAAUCACAAUCAACCGUCUUCUUUGUAGUGGAAGAACAAAGCUUCUUGGCAUGUAACCUUAUCGUGAAAUGCACGUGGCACUUGUGAUUGAACAGUCUUUUAAAAUAGUCAUAAUGAUAUCCACAUUAUGUCUCUUAAUUAAUAAAUUUCAAAAACAAAACUGUGGCUCGUGCUCAUAAUCAAUGACGUGGGAUACAUUGUAGUGAGAUAAGUUGGUGACGUUACAAAACACAUGAGAUGUCAUGGACACUAGCAGCAUACGGGCCGUAACAUCAACCCACAGCAAUAUUGUGUCAAUGAUUUUUCUUCUUAAUUUUAAUUUAGUUUGUUUUUCUACCUUUCAGUUUUAAAUGUAGAUCUAUAAAAUAUUCAUUAAAGGAUAAUUUUUUCCUAUAAUUCCAGAUCACAAUGACAGCAAGUCAACGGAAAAUCACCAUCGCCCUUUUGGGGAAAACCGGCCAUGGGAAAAGCGCAACUGGAAAUACCAUUCUGAGAAAAAAUUAUUUUAAAGAGUCGUCCAAUAUGAGUUCUUGCUCGAAACUUGUUAAAGAUGGCGAAAAUAAAAUAGAUGGCUAUGUCGUAACUGUUUAUGACACUCCUGGUCCAUACGAUACGGAUGAAAACGAAGCAUUCAUGAAAAAAAAGGCUGUUGAACAUUGUGAUACACUGAUGUAUGCUUGUACAAAUAGUGGAGUAAAUGCAUUUAUCUUGGUUCUCAACUACAGUGCUAGUUAUACCGAAGAGGAAAUAAAAACUGUUAACAUGUAUGAACAAAUAUUCGGGCCUGACUUCAUUAAAAACCACGGAAUCCUCGUCUUCACACAUGGCGAGAACUUUGACGAAGAAGAAACCGGCAAUUUUAAGACGUGGUGUAAUGCCCAGACGGGCCCGAUGAAAACAUUGAUUGAGAAAUUUCAAGAUAACAUUCUUUUGAUAAAAAAUAAAGGAUCUUUUGAUGGAAUCCGAGCUACAUCUAGCCAUGAUAUAUUGCAAUUGUGUAUUAAAAAAAAGGAAUACUUAAAGUGUGACUACGAUAGGCCUUCAUGUAUUAGAAAUCGCAAAGUGCUUUCGGGAUCUGGUUCAUAUUGCAAAAUUAUGUAAAUGAUUCAUGAGUUCAAAAUCUGUUUAUUCUAUUACAUUACCCUUUUUACAACAACGCCAUAUUUAUAAAAAAAAUUUUUUUAAAAAUUCCUUCAUUAUUAAACACAAUGUAAAAAAGCAAGAGAAGACAUUUGAUACCUGAUAGGAACAAGACAGAUACAAACACAUUGGAUACAAACAAGAAAAAUACAUAUAGUCGGAUACAAACAAGUCAAAUUAGUUUUAUAUCAAAAUAGCAUGAAAUGCGUAUCUCCUGAAUGUGUUGUUCACGAUUCCUCUCGCUAGGAGCGCUCGUAUGCUGUUGCAAAGCCUUGUUUUAUUCAUAGCCUUGCUUUCAUCAUGCCGGAAGUAUUAUUUCUAUGUUGCCCGCUGCAUAAUUAUGUCACUGUCCUUUUUAUUAUUUAAUCAAUGGGUGAGGUCAAGUUUCACUAAUCUACUUCUAAUCCUGUGUAAAAAGAUUGCAUAGUUGGAAGAUUAUCACUUGACCACCUCCCCCCCCCCUCUAUUGCAAAUGAAAAAGCAGCAGAUAAAUGAUGUGUAUUAUAUGAUAGUCUAGUCUCCAUUUUUUAAUUAAAAAAAAAAUUCAAUCUAGUUUGAGUUACUGCUUCAAUGAAUAACUGUGACAACUGCUGACAAUUAACUAUUCAACUAUUAAAUUCAUUUUAAUAAUGUGAUAGUUCUUUUAAGUGGAAAUGUUAUAUUUUAAUACAGUUUAAUAGUGAUGUGUUUUAGGGGG